AUGGGGACGCGCCACCUCAUCACCGGCCAGAACAACUGCGCCCCGGACGGGGCAUCCUCCUCCAACCCAUUCGGCGCCCUCGCCAACACCCUCCUCGGCCAGUCCAGCAAAGCGGAGUCACUAAAGGGACUUCCUGGAGCCUCAGUUAAUGUUCCAACUACGUCUGAUUAUAGCACAGCUCCACUGUCUACUGUCCCUGGCUCUGAGAAUGAGUUAAAGCAAGAUCAACGACCAUUUGCACGGGGUGCCGACUUCAUGCGUGGGGGUCCUGCUAAUGAUUGGGUUGAAUCUUUUCGCCCUCCGGGGCAUUCUACAUUUGGAGGGCCAGAAACAAACUUUGCAGAGUUUGAGCAAAUUUAUAACAAUGCAGGCCCUACCUUCGGACCGGCCUUGGAUGGUCCGCCACAAAGGGUCUUAUCUGGUGUUCUGCAUUCUUUUCUUUCAAGUGGCCGAGCUGGUGUGCCAUUUCAACCUGUCCCAGUACCAGCUCUUGGUUUGUCCGAAGCCGACAAACAAUGUAUACGUGAUCGCAGCUGCAUAAUGGCACGCCAUAUUUUGGCCGAUCAACCUGAAGAAUAUAUACAAGCACAGGUGAAUACACUGCUGCAUUCUCUUGAUAUUGACAAUAGUCAUCGAAUGAAAAAUCCCCUGCAUGGGCCGUACCCAGAGAUGGAGGAGUACUGGAAUCAGUCCCAAAGUGCUUUGAGAUCUGGCCCAAUGCACAAUGCUGCAAAUAAUUGGAUUAGUGAGUUCGGCAAGCAAAACAAUAACCCUGAGGGUUGGAUCACUGAGUUUGGCAAGCAGAAUAAUAACCCUGAGGGUUGGGCGCACUCUUUUGAGCAGCAAUAUGGUCCCAAUGGAUGGGCCUCUGAGUUUGAACAGCAUCAGUCUCAGAUGGCCAUGGGUCAGAUGGGAGGAGCGAACAUGGCGAAUCUCGCAGCUAUGCAGCAAUCCCGUAUGCUUGCAGAAACAUUAUCAAGUAACAAUGACCCAAAGUUCCAGAAUUCUAAAUUCUUCCAGUUUGUUUCAAAGAUGAGCCGUGGUGAACUUAUUAUAGAAGAUAACCAAGUAAAACAAGGUUCAGCAUCCCAAUCCAAUGGCUGGGCUGAUGAAUUUCAAACACAGCAUAAUGCUAAUGCAAAUUCUUGGGCAGAUCAGUUUGUGCAUGAAGAGCUUUCACAAGGGGCCGAUAAUUGGGUUAGUGAGUUCUCUAGUGAACAGAAUCAGAGUGGGCUCAAAGAGAAGUGGGUCGAUGAGUUCUCCAAAUUGAAUAUGGAUGAUUGGGCAGAGGAGUUCAGUGGAGGAGCUUUUGGUGAGAGCUCUGCUGAUCCAUGGGCAGAUGAGUUUCAAAACCAACUGUCAGCUUCCAAAAGUUCUGGCGCUUCUCGAGGGGUUUAUGUUUUUUCCGAGAUGAACCCAUAUGUUGGUCACCCUAAUCCAAUGCAGGAAGGGCAGGAGCUCUUUCGGAAGGGCCUCUUAAGUGAAGCUGCUCUUGCUCUGGAGGCUGAAGUUUUAAAGAACCCUGAUAAUGCUGAAGGUUGGAGGUUGCUUGGAGUAACACAUGCUGAAAAUGAUGAUGACCAGCAGGCCAUAGCUGCAAUGCUGCGUGCCCAGGAGGCCAAUCCUACCAACUUGGAAGUUCUUCUUGCUCUUGGUGUCAGUCACACAAACGAGUUGGAACAGGGAGAAGCAUUAAGAUAUCUUUCGAGAUGGCUUCAGAAUCAUCCAAAGUAUGGAGCUCUCGCCGCUCCCCACCAAACUGAUUCACCAUAUGGUCCAGAUGUUGUUAGAUUGUUUAAUGAAGCUGCUCAGAUGUCGCCUGAGGAUGCUGAUGUCCACAUAGUUCUGGGUGUCUUGUACAACUUAUCAAGAGAAUAUGAUAAAGCUAUAGCUUCAUUUAAGACGGCACUACAGCUGAAACCACAAGACUAUUCUCUCUGGAACAAGCUCGGUGCGACCCAAGCAAACAGCAUCCAGAGCGCUGAUGCCGUACUGGCAUACCAGCAGGCUCUAGAUUUGAAGCCCAACUACGUCCGUGCGUGGGCUAAUAUGGGAAUUAGCUAUGCCAACCAGCUGGCGCUGGUGAUUGGCCGUUGGUGGUCUCUGCGAGGUGCUGCGGCGGCGAUGGCGACGUUGGCGGGUGGGUUCGUUGGUGGUGGUGGUGGUGCUUGGUGGACUUGCCGACGCGGAUGCGGGUUGGGUGUGUUGGGAGCUUCGGUGAAGACCCUGUCUUGGCCUUGGGCAUGUGACCGGGAAAACCCUAGAUCCUGUGUGAUCGGACGUUGUCGACGCCUUGGCGUCCUUUCCCCUUUCGAGGGCUUCGUCUUUGGAGCCGAGCAUCGGCAAGUGGGACCAGUGGAAGGUGUCGGUGUCGGCGUCGAGGCUUCUGUGGCAACGAUAGCGGAGGCGUACGAAGUCAGAGGCAUGGCAAUGGUUGAGGUAGUCGGCUCUUCUCCGCCGUGUUCGUGGGAUUACCUCGGGUUGCCUUAUUGCGGUGAAGUCGGAGCUGCGGUGGCGGGGCCGUGUGGCGACGAUGGCAGGCAGCAGAUGGUGGCUGAGUUUGACAUAGGUCUUUUUGUGUUCCACAUGGCCUCUAUGGUGAGGGUUCGGUUGAUGUUCAUCUUCGGCGAAGUCGGGGUCGCUUGCUCGGAGAUUAGGAAGGGCAAUGACGCCUGUUGGGGAGAAGUGAUGACGAGGAUGCCAGAGUGUAUCUUGAUGAGGGUCUGUACGAGGAUUCCAUUCGGUACUAUGUAA